AUGCUCCCCGAAUGCAAGCGGAACGAUUCUAUGGACGAGGAGAAAGGCACCGAGAUGCGCAUCGAAGACGCCAAGGUCACUAUCGAAGCCGUCCACACCGUCUCGCGUCGAGCAAUCGGCUGCGUCCUCGGAGCCUGCUUUGCCAUCUUUGCGGCCGUCUUCGGCGUCACCUCGACCGGCGUAUACGCUGCUGCCAUCGGUGCCGGCGCAGGCAAUGUCAGCGAGACUCCCUGGUUCUCCAACACCGCUCAAAUCUGCCAAGUCAUCCUCGGACCGCUCGUUUCCUUGAGCGCCGACCUUUGGGGCCGCAAGCCGUUCAUGGUCGCCGGACUGGCGAUUGGGGCGGUCGGCGCCAUCGUCACGAGCACCUCGCACAUGCACCAAGUCGCUCUCGUCGGCGUCGUCCUCACCGGCAUCGGCUUCUCCCCGCAAGGACUCUACGUCGCCAUCUGCUCCGAGGUCAUGCCUCGCUCGCGGCGGCCGAAGAUGCAAGCUAUCUUCAACAUCGCGAGCUCGCUCGGCGGGACAAUGGGCAUCGCUGCGGGCGGACUCUACGUCAAAUACAACGUGGUCGGCGCCGGCUGGAGGAUGAUCUACGGUACCCUCGCUAUCGCCUACGGCCUCGCAUGCAUCGCCAUCUUCCUGUCGUACCGGCCUCUCCAGAAGCGUCCCGACGUCUCCGCCGUCUUCCACCAGCGCAACCCUGCCCUCGUGCUCGACCUCGUCGGUGUCGCACUCCUCAUCUGCGGCGUCCCUCCGCUCUACUAUGGCCUUAUCUCCGCCCUCAACCCGUACAAGUGGUCGGAUGCCCAUGUUCUCGCGCCGCUCCUGACCGGCGUUGCUGGUCUCGUCGCUUUCGGUUUCUGGGAAUGGAAGGGCAACAAGGAAGGCUUGCUGCACCAUGCCCUCUUCUCCAAGUCUCGUAACUACGGCCUCUCUAUCGCCCUCCUCUUCCUUGAAGGCAUUCUCUUCUUCUCCUUCAACGCUUUCUGGGCGCGAGAAGCAACCCUUAUCCUCGGUCUUCCUGCAUGGCUCGCCGGCAUCAACUUCUUGUGGUUCUUCAUUCCCAGCACAUUGGCAACACCCGUCUUUGGCUGGGCCUCCCAACGCUUCAAGGAGGUCAAGAUCUCCCUCAUUGUCGGGUUUGGUCUCUUCCUCGUCGCCAGUAUCGGCAUGGCUACCGUUAACCCUGACAGCCGCAUCGCCUUCCGAGUCUACGCCGCCAUCGCAGGCAUCGCCUUCGCCAGUCCCUUGACCCUCAUGUCCGUCUGCGCUCAACUCGCCGCCCCGCCUCAACUCCUCGCCCUCGCGUCAAUCAACCUCCUCGUCUCGCGCGCGCUCGGCGGUGUCGUCGCCGUGGCGUGCUACAACGCCGUCUCGAAGACCAAGAUUGCAGCGUUGGUCGGCCCUCGCCUCGCAGCAGCCGUCACCCCGCUCGGCUUUCCCUCGAGCGAGCUUCCUGGCCUCGUCCACGCCGCUCAGCUUUCAGGCGCGGAGAGCGUCGCAGCGCUCAAGGAGCUCAAGGGAGCGACUCCGACCGUCAUCAAGGCCGUACAACUCGCCAUGCGACAAGUCUACGCCGACAGUUAUCGAUGGGUUUGGGUUAUUGCGGCGCCGGUGGCCUUGAUCGCCAUCGUCCUCGUCCUCCUGCUCGAACCAAUCGCGCCUAUGAUGACCGCUCGAGUCGACGCUCCUGCCGACGUCAAGAACGACGCGCAGACAUCCCUCGAGCGCGAAGUGGAGGCUAUCUGA